GCGUAGUCGCGAAAAACUAUGAAAACGCAGCUCUCGCGUCGAGCGGUCCUCAGAAUCCGGGAGUCGUCCUCCAGUUCAAAAAUUCAGCAAAUAAAUCCAACAUUUCUUGCAAAGUGAAAUGCGGAAAACGCGUCGCAGAGUAAUCACAUCGCAAACACAGCGAAGGCAGAUAAAUUGAAGAAUUAAAGAAUUGAAGAAUCAAGCGAAAGCCAGUGAAGAAUCGAACGGAAGCGAAGAAUCGGAAUAAGAACCGGAAUAACAGUAAACACAUAUAACCACCAUUUGAAAGCAAUCAAAAAAGCAACCAAACAAACAACAAAAGCAACAAAAGUGCCAUAUGCAACCGAUAAGACUGUAUGAAUGGUCAAGUGGUCAUCUCUUCCCGCAUGUGUGUGAGAGAUUGAGUGAGUGAGUGUGUGUGUGUGAGAGAAAGUGGGAGAAAGUGAGCGAGCGAGAGAGAGAGAGAGAGAGAGAGAGCGAGACAGCAUCACAAUGACGGACACUCGGGGAAGCGGAUUCCCCGCUGCGGAAUUCGAAUGAGCCAGAUCCAAGACUACUUAAGAUUGGAUUCGGACCCGGAUCGAUCCCCCUUCCAUAACAUCCUGUGGAGGCCGGGAGCCAGGAUACAGGAGCCUGGAUCCAGGGACCGGAAGCACCUCCGCCGGCCAUCUAUCCAUCAGCUGACAACUGUCAGCCGUCAGCACCUGUCAGUUGUCAGAGCAACUCUGCGUCCAGGAGGCCAGCUGUCAGCGGAAGUGAGAGUGAAACUGGGAGUGGAAGGACACCAGGGCCAGCAAAACGGGACAACGGGAGCAGCAGGAGCAGGAGCAGGCGGGGAUUGGGCAGCCCGGCGCGUAGCGUGUAGGAGGCAAAAUGCCUGGCGGACGACGUGGACUGGUUGCGCCGCAGAACACAUUCCUCGAGAACAUCAUCCGGCGCUCCAAUUCGCAGCCGGACAGCUCGUUUCUUUUGGCCAACGCACAAAUCGUCGAUUUCCCGAUCGUCUACUGCAAUGAGUCCUUCUGCAAGAUCAGCGGCUACAACCGGGCCGAGGUCAUGCAGAAGUCGUGCAGGUAUGUAUGCGGCUUCAUGUAUGGCGAGCUGACAGACAAGGAGACGGUGGGACGGCUGGAGUACACGCUGGAGAACCAGCAGCAGGAUCAGUUCGAGAUUUUGCUCUACAAGAAGAACAAUUUGCAGUGUGGCUGCGCCCUCUCGCAGUUUGGCAAGGCACAAACCCAAGAAACGCCGCUAUGGCUGCUGCUACAGGUCGCCCCCAUCCGGAACGAACGCGACCUGGUGGUGCUCUUCCUGCUGACCUUCCGGGACAUCACGGCCCUCAAGCAGCCCAUCGACAGCGAGGACACCAAGGGAGUUUUAGGUCUCUCGAAGUUCGCCAAAUUGGCACGAUCGGUGACCCGCAGUCGCCAGUUCAGCGCCCAUCUGCCCACGCUGAAGGAUCCCACGAAGCAGUCCAACCUGGCGCAUAUGAUGUCGCUGAGCGCGGAUAUCAUGCCACAGUACCGACAGGAAGCCCCCAAAACGCCGCCACACAUACUUCUGCAUUAUUGUGCAUUUAAAGCAAUUUGGGACUGGGUGAUAUUGUGUUUAACAUUUUAUACAGCCAUCAUGGUGCCAUACAAUGUAGCGUUUAAAAACAAAACCUCAGAGGAUGUUUCCCUGCUCGUGGUCGAUUCAAUUGUCGAUGUAAUAUUCUUUAUAGAUAUUGUUUUAAACUUCCACACAACCUUCGUGGGUCCUGGCGGCGAGGUGGUCAGCGACCCGAAAGUUAUCCGGAUGAACUACCUGAAGUCGUGGUUCAUCAUCGACCUGCUGAGCUGCCUGCCGUACGACGUGUUCAACGCGUUCGAUCGCGACGAGGACGGCAUCGGUUCGCUGUUCAGUGCCCUCAAGGUCGUCCGCCUGCUGCGCCUGGGGAGGGUGGUGCGGAAGCUGGACCGCUACCUGGAGUACGGGGCGGCCAUGCUCAUCCUGCUGCUCUGCUUCUACAUGCUGGUGGCCCACUGGCUGGCCUGCAUAUGGUACUCGAUCGGUCGCAGCGAUGCGGAUAAUGGGAUCCAAUACAGCUGGCUGUGGAAGCUGGCGAACGUCACCCAAUCGCCGUACUCGUAUAUAUGGAGCAAUGACACUGGGCCGGAAUUGGUCAAUGGGCCGUCACGGAAAAGUAUGUACGUGACGGCCCUAUAUUUCACCAUGACCUGCAUGACAUCGGUGGGCUUCGGCAAUGUCGCCGCGGAGACAGACAACGAGAAGGUGUUCACCAUCUGCAUGAUGAUCAUUGCAGCUCUGCUGUAUGCCACGAUCUUUGGCCACGUGACCACCAUCAUCCAGCAGAUGACCUCGGCCACGGCCAAGUACCACGACAUGCUGAACAAUGUGCGCGAGUUCAUGAAGCUGCACGAGGUGCCGAAGGCCCUCAGUGAGCGAGUAAUGGACUAUGUCGUCUCCACCUGGGCCAUGACCAAGGGCCUGGACACCGAGAAGGUACUAAACUAUUGUCCGAAAGAUAUGAAGGCUGACAUAUGUGUUCAUCUAAAUCGCAAAGUAUUUAACGAGCAUCCUGCAUUUCGUCUGGCCUCGGAUGGUUGUCUCCGGGCACUGGCGAUGCACUUCAUGAUGUCGCACUCGGCGCCGGGGGAUCUGCUCUAUCACACCGGCGAGAGCAUCGAUAGCCUCUGCUUCAUCGUCACCGGCAGCCUGGAGGUGAUACAGGACGACGAGGUUGUGGCAAUAUUGGGCAAGGGCGACGUCUUCGGCGAUCAAUUCUGGAAGGACUCGGCCGUUGGCCAGAGCGCGGCCAAUGUGCGCGCUCUGACCUAUUGUGAUUUGCAUGCCAUCAAACGUGAUAAAUUGCUCGAAGUCCUCGAUUUCUAUUCGGCAUUUGCGAAUAGCUUUGCACGCAAUCUGGUGCUCACCUACAAUCUCAGACAUCGACUGAUUUUUCGCAAGGUGGCCGAUGUGAAGCGCGAAAAAGAAUUGGCCGAACGGCGUAAGAACGAGCCGCAAUUGCCCCAGAAUCAGGACCAUCUCGUCCGGAAGAUCUUCUCCAAGUUCCGUCGAACUCCGCAGGUGCAGGCGGGCAGCAAGGAGCUCGUCGGCGGAUCCGGCCAAAGUGAUGUCGAGAAGGGUGACGGCGAGGUGGAGCGAACUAAGAAGCUACCAGCCAAACUGACACUGACCGAGGACGCCCGCAUCCUCAGCACCGCCGCGGCGCCCUCGCCCUCGCCAUCCCCAUCGCCCUCAUCGGGUCCACCAUCUGCGCGCAGUACACGGGCCAGCAAGUGGGGACGCCUCCUGGGCAGUUCAAGCGUCGAUUCAGCUAGCGACACCAGCGCCAAGGUAGCCGUCUCGAGAAGUUUGAGCGCCCGCGAAAGCCUCCGAGAGAGCACCGCCCAAGCGCGGCAGAGUAGUACUUCGAGUAGCAAUGGUGGACAAGGCAACAAACAUUUACAAUUAAGCAAAGUUUUUCCCAAGGCGCCCAAGCUGCAGGCGAGCCAGGCGACCCUGGCCCGCCAGGACACCAUCGACGAGGGCGGCGAGGUGGACUCCUCGCCGCCGAGUCGAGACAGCCGCGUGGUCAUCGAGGGAGCAGCCGGAUCGGCGGGACCGCCAGCGCAGGUGGCCACCACGUCAUCCUCGUCAGCAGCAGCAGCGGCGGCGGCGGCGGCGGCGGCGGCGGGAGCAGGAUCAGGAGCUGGAAGUGGAGCCGCCGGAACAGCUGUCGUGGCCGUCGUGGCCAGCAAGGGGGAUCGCAAUCUGGCCCUGGAGCGGGAGCGCCAGAUCGAGAUGGCCAGCUCGCGGGCCACCACCUCGGACACCUACGAUACCGGGCUGCGCGAGACGCCGCCCACGCUGGCGCAGCGCGAUCUCAUCGCCACCGUGCUGGACAUGAAGGUGGACGUGCGGCUGGAGCUGCAGCGCAUGCAGCAGCGCAUCGGCCGCAUCGAGGAUCUGCUGGGGGAGCUGGUCAAGCGGCUGGCGCCGGGCACUGGGGGCGGCAUGGCCCCGGACAACAGCAGUGGCCAGACCACGCCCGGCGACGAGAUCUGCGCGGGCUGCGGCGCGGGCGGUGGCGGCACGCCCCCCACACAGAUGCCGCCCACAUCGGCGGUGACCAGCCCCGUGGACACUGUGAUAACCAUCUCAUCGCCAGGAGCAACGGGAGCGGGAUCGGCGGCGGGAGCUGGCGCUGGUGGCGCUGGCCUGCUAAAUCCGGGCGCCACAGCUGUGUCGAGCGCGGGAGGCAACGGCCUGGGGCCGCUGAUGCUCAAGAAGCGACGAUCGAAGAGCAGGAAAGCACCGGCGCCUCCUAAGCAGACACUCGCCUCGACGGCCGGCACCGCGACCGCAGCUCCCGCGGGCGUCGCCGGAUCUGGCAUGACGUCAUCGGCGCCAGCGUCAGCGGAUCAGCAGCAGCAGCAGCAGCCGGCGGCGGACCAAUCGCCGACGACGCCAGGAGCGGAACUGCUGCAUCUUCGCCUGCUCGAGGAGGACUUCACGGCGGCCCAAAUGCCCACAACUUCGUCUGGCGGCGGAGGAGGCGGUGUCGGUUCUGGGGCAGGGGCCACGCCCACUACGCCACCAUCAGCGCCCACGGCGGCGGACAGCGGCAGCGGCACGCCCACCACCACGCCCACGGGCAGCGGUACGCGGGGCAAGAUGGAUUUCCUGUAGCCCCCCGUGAGGGAUGCGGAGCGCGAGGAGGACUCCGGCCAGGAGCAAUAAUACAAAGUCGGAAGAGUAGGGGCCCAGCCACGCCCACUCGCAAGCCUACGCCUACGCUUAGUUAGUCUAUAUACUUAAGAUGCAGCUGUAACCUCAACUCGACACAAAAGCUAACUCAUGUAUUCAAGCUCUGGAAAGUCCACUGCAACGUA